AUGGAUUUCCGGCGGCUGGAGGUCGUCAUCUUGGCUAUCAUGUUGCUGCUUGCCGUUCAGGGGCCGUCUGCUAUUGCGGCCGACACCCCCACUGUCCUGAAGCUGGAGCGGCACAACACAAUGCCCAGUGGAGUUGUCGAGCUCCCUGUGAAUGGAGAUUCUUCGAUGUCAGAGGAUAGUGUCACUUUGACUGGUUGCAUCGGUGUGCAUUUGAGGCGCAUACCUUUAAUUCAGAAGAAGGUCGUGAAGCAGAAGGUCGACCUUAUUGGUUCUGAAAUUCCCAUCUGUGUGUUCGUGAUGCAGAAGACCAAUGUUACAGGAAGAUGCGCUCUAAGCAUCUCCAAGAGAUAUGUCCGCAGAUAUCUAGGGGACGAGGUGCGAAGCAUCUGGCUGGAGCGAGACGGGGAGAGGUGCCAAGUGACGCUGGGACGCGGGCCUCAGAACAACAGGGUUGUGGGUGGAUGGGUAAAGUUCGCCAAGGAGGACGGGCUGCGGACGGGCGCUAUCUGCAUCUCUGAAUUGUUGAAGAUUGAUGAGAUGUGCACAAUGAAAGUCCAUAUCAUCCAUGCAAAGGAUUCUGAUAGACCUGCCCAAAUUGGUGGGCGGGGUGUCGAAGGACGGUGUAAAGAAGCUACUACUAAAAUUGUGGAACCUUCUCAUUCUCGUCCUCAGCUCGUGAAAAUGCAAUUACGUAAUGCAAGUGUAGAGGAUUCUUAUUCUAGUCCUCAGCCCAUGGAAAUGCAAUCACCCUCAACGGAAAGACAUAUACGAGUUGAAACGGUUAACUCGAGUCCGGGCAACGAGGGAGAUUCUUCGAUGUCAGAGGAUAGUGUCACUUUGACUGGUUGCAUCGGUGUGCAUUUGAGGCGCAUACCUUUAAUUCAGAAGAAGGUCGUGAAGCAGAAGGUCGACCUUAUUGGUUCUGAAAUUCCCAUCUGUGUGUUCGUGAUGCAGAAGACCAAUGUUACAGGAAGAUGCGCUCUAAGCAUCUCCAAGAGAUAUGUCCGCAGAUAUCUAGGGGACGAGGUGCGAAGCAUCUGGCUGGAGCGAGACGGGGAGAGGUGCCAAGUGACGCUGGGACGCGGGCCUCAGAACAACAGGGUUGUGGGUGGAUGGGUAAAGUUCGCCAAGGAGGACGGGCUGCGGACGGGCGAUGUCUGCCUCCUCGAGCGGCUGAGGCACUGCAAGGAGUGCACAAUGAAGGUCCGCAUCAUCCGCCGCGUAAAGCGUGCCGGUUGA